AUGGAAAACAGCCAAAGAAACAACCAAAGACCUCUGGUCAUUGAAGAAACGGGUCCUAAUAUGGAUGGACCUGAUGAAAACCAAAUCAGUCAUGAAUUUAGACCCCAAAUAGACAGAUUUCCUCGUAGUGUUAGUGAGGGUCCCCAAGUUCCAAUUCCUAAAAUUAAUCAAAUUCCUAUCGAAAAUGAAAGUGGAAACAAUGAUACUCUAGUCAUCAGGUCAAACUAUGUGGUCCGUAGCGUUAGUGAGGGCCCACAGGUUCCAAUUCUUAGAAUUUUUCAAGUUGCUGUUGAUGCACGGGCCCAUGGUGCUCCAGUCCCUCGAAUUUCUGAAAUUAUUGAUCUUUUAGAUGAUGAUGAUCUGGUCCCUGAUUAG